UGUCGGCGGCGCCAGCUGCGAGCGCCUUCCUGCGUCCGUCCGCGACCGCGCGGCUCACCGAUACGGCCUUGUUCGCCGAUAAUACCAACCCCACCCCGACGCGGCUCGGCAUCGGACGACGCAGGGCGGAGAGAACCUUGAUUCAAUAUGCCAUGACAUCCUAUUCCUGCACUUUUCAUGUUCCUGUGCUUUACAAAUCCUCCAGGUGGAGUGCUAUGCUUUUGUUUAUCACACUUGGCGCUUUCUAUCUCCAGCAGCGAAGGAUGUGAAUAUUUGUAACUACUUGCUGCUUGCUGAUUCUGCUUAUGCAGGAUAAACCUUCACAAGGGUUUAGUGCUAUACGCAUUGACUAGAAAAUUUCGUGUCGGCUUAGGGUUUUACUUGUACUGUGCUGCAGUUGCUGUACUGUAACGAAUAAUCUACACGCAUGAAUUUAGACUGAAAAAUUAACAUCAUUUUCUUUUGUCACACUUUUUUUCAUAAUACUAUUAUUUAUAGUUUUACAUAAGCAUGUCUAUACGAAAAAUAAUGGUCAAAAUAGUAUACUAGAAGUAAUAAAAAAAUCUAAAUGACGUUUAUACAACAAUAUGUAUGAAACAUAGUCGCAUGAAUGCACAAUCUCUAUACUAGUUUGUUCUAUGAGGUUAUCUAUUCCUCCCAUCCUAAAUUCUUUUAGUUGUUUUACUGCAAAUUUGAACUAAAACAACGACAAGAAUUUAGAAUUGGAGGGAGUAUGCAACAGCUUCCUGAAAUUCGUCAAACCCCAAAUCACAUGUCUAAGACUUUGGAUCCUCAUCUCCAAGUCACACCACAUAUAAGUAUAUACAGUAAUUAAUAGUAAAAAAAUGCACUAAACUGCACACCUUCAAGUGCAAUUUUAGGGAUGUUUUUGCCGAGAGUUGUCAGAAGCCUUUUGCCGUGGUAGUUUAGGUACGGAGUAUAUUAAGUUAUUAACAACGGACAAUAGAGGAAAUUAGCGCCUUUUAUCUAAAAAAAAGAGAUGAAAUUAGCGACCGACUUGGCCAAUAAGCGAACGACUGCUCCCACUCUUUGUAAACCCCCACCCCUCCUUCCUCUCCAAGAAAAGCAGAGGCAACCAGCAACAAACUCCGCCACGCCCAUACGUAGUUUCACGAUCCCCGCCGCAUCUUCCCCUUCGUGAGAAGCUGCAAGGCCGCCGGGGUGACAAGGCGCGAUGGUGCUGCCAUUGGUGAAGCUCGGGUCGCUCGCGUUCCGGACGCUGAGCAAGCCCAUCGCCGCCCGCCUCAAGCACAACGCCGGCAUCCACCCCAAGUUCCGCGGGUUCAUCAUCGGCAUCGCACAGGCAAACCAUCGUUUAGCUACAAAUAUGCAGAGGCGACUUUAUGGACGUGCAACUGACAUUCACAUUCGGCCCCUGAAUGAGGAGAAAGCUAUUCAAGCUGCUGCAGAUCUUCUUGGUGAACUGUUCGUUUUCUCGGUCGCUGGUGCUGCAAUAAUCUAUGAGGUGCAAAGAAGUGCUAGGUCUGAAGCCAGAAAAGAAGAGAUCCGUAGGCAGGAAGUCGAGGCAAUAAAGAAAAAGGUGGAGGAGUAUGAUAGGGAAGUGCAGAUCAUGAAGCAGAGGCUUGCUGAGGCGCAGCGGUGUACAGGGGGGUGGAUUCGUCUUCCGUGGAUUCUCAGCUUCGGUCCUGCCCAGCCAGCGGCGGCGGCACAGCCUGAUGGUACUCAGCAACCCACAGCCGCCUAGCUACCGUGGCAGCGUUGCGUGGUGAAAUCAUACAUGCAGAUUACCUCCGUAACUCCAUUACUUCCUUGCAUGAUUCGAGCGCUGGAUCCCGAUCUGUUUCACCGGCCAACGGCUGAAAUUUUUGUAGUUCGCACAUGUUGUGAAUAGUGUCCCAAGAGGUCUGGACUCUGGAGAGACUUGGUCUGAAUUGGAGCUGAUAGAGGAUGAGAUUGGUGAUCGUGGUUUGACAUCUGGAACUGUAGUUGCUUCAUGUCCACUUGUCCAGAGUACUGGUAUCUUAGAUAGCAGCUAAACACGGAUCUAUCAAGGAUGACUCAACCGGUAAACUAACUUUCCUAAGAACAUGUGUGCUGUUUGUGGCAUGCGACUAUGCGAGUGCUUCUUAUAAGGUGUAGCGUGAUAAUUUUCUGGUGUUGGGCUAUUAUCAGUUAAGUAGAACACAGAACUGAACGAAUAUUGAGAAA